UGUUUUUCAACAAAUAUGUUGGCAAAAGGCUACAAAAAUGGCAAGCUAUACUAGUCGUGCGUAUACGAGGUGUGUCUGGACUGGCAGAGAUUUUAAAAAGGUUACAGGCCUGCAAUAUGUGCGGUCUUUCUCUGCCUCCGUGUACAGAUCAACGAAAGAUGGAACCUUUCAGGACACCGCGCGCACACUCGACGAAGCCGAUCCGAUUGCGGGCGCUGCUGCAAAGUUCAGGAUUCCUAGCCGGGUGGAUAUUACAAGAAACAAUGACAUAGAUGAUCCCCACACCAAAUCAGUUUACUUGGCCGGCAACUCUCUCGGUCUACAGCCAGUUCGCACAUACGAGCUAUUGAAGGAAGAGCUCGAUGUGUGGGCCAAAGAUGGUGUAAAUGGUCAUUUUCGGCACUCGCACAAUCGUCCAUGGCUAUCUAUCGACGAGACGGUGACAACGAUCAUGGCAAAUGUUGUAGGCGCAAAAACCGAAGAAGUCGCAGUUAUGUCGACGUUGACUACGAAUUUGCAUUUGCUGUUGUCGGCUUUCUAUCGACCAACAAGUGACCGCUAUAAGAUUAUUAUCGAGAACAAGGCGUUCCCAAGCGAUCAUUACGCAGUUGAGUCUCAGAUCGAGAUCCACGGCUACGACAAAGCCGACGCUUUGGUUCAGAUCAAGCCUCAAGAGGGCAACUACAUUCUUCCUACUCAACAGAUACUCGACACAAUCACGGAGCAUGCCGAUAACACCGCGCUACUUCUGCUUCCUGGUAUUCAAUACUACACUGGCCAGGCGUUCGAGGUCGAAAAGAUAACCAAGUAUGCUCAGAGUCUCGGGAUUAUUGUGGGCUGGGAUAUGGCGCAUGCUGCUGGAAAUCUGAAGCUGCAGCUCCACGACUGGAACGUGGACUUCGCGGUAUGGUGCACGUACAAAUAUCUGAACUCAGGCCCCGGAGGCAUAGGAGGAUUGUUUGUGCAUGAGAAGAACUUUGAUAGACCGCGCCUGACAGGUUGGUGGGCUCAUGAGAAGAGCACACGAUUCCUGAUGGACAACAAUUUCGUUCCUGGCAAGGGUGCCUCGGCAUUUCAACUCUCAAAUCCAUCAGUUCUCGAUACGGUCGCUCUUCUUGCCUCUCUCGAAGUGUUUGAUCAGUACGGAAUCGCUGCACUGCGUCAGAAGUCCGAGAAUCUCACUGGAUUUUUAGAGACCAUGCUGAAGGCGACGUUCCCAGUUGAUCCGCCAUUUACAAUCAUCACUCCUUCGGAUCCCGCGCAGCGAGGUGCUCAGCUGAGUUUGCUGUUCAAGCCGGGAUUGAUGGAUAAGGUGCAUGCUCAUUUAGACGCCAGUGCUAUAACUACUGACGAACGGAAACCGGAUGUCAUCCGAGUCGCCCCUACGCCGUUGUACAACAGCUAUAGCGACGUGGUGAAAUUCGUGGAGGGUCUGAAGACCGCGUUAGAGGCGGCCUCCGCUUGAUCGCCCAUCAAACUGUCGUCUGUAAUUGAAUGGAUCGCAUAGUAAUUAAUUUGAUCCACUACAUGUGCCGUAAUUUCUCAAAUGAUUCUUAAUAGAAACUGUUGUCUAGAUCAGUAUUAUCUAUUAAAAAAAUCUAGAACACGUUGGUGCAAAAUGC